UUUUUGCGUUGCGUAGGGAAAGAAACCGCUCUGCUGUUGAAUUAAAACAACACGAUUAUUUUUUUGGCAUGGAAGGGCGAGGGCUUGCCCCCUAGGCGGGCGGCAGCGAUCUGAAGCAAAAGCCAGGACCGCAGCAGACGGGGGAGGAUGUGUGAAUGAAUUGCCAGGUCCCCUUCGAUCCUGCUUUGCAGAGGCGGCUGCAUUGCCCCUGGAAGACCAGACCAUCGCUAGUGCUUCGGGCUCGUGUGGUGUGUCUGCGGCGGAGAUAGCGCCUCGCCCCGCAGCGGGAGCUGCUGGCUAGAACCUGCCCCCGUGCGCUCUGCUGGCUGGGAAAUCGCCCUGGGCGCUAGCGGGUGGCUCCGGCUCUCCAAAGGAGCCGAUUGAUUUGGUCCCCUCAGCCCCCCGGACACUGCCGAAGGGAAAGCUCCGUGUAUGUCCCCUCUGUAAAGGAGACAUCUACUCCUCCAGACCAUUAGUGUACCGAGAGCCUAAAACCCAUCCAAUCCAAGCCCCUCAUUUGCGGCAGCGCUCUCCGCUGGGGCGAGGAGGAGGUUUGAUCAUCCCUAGGACAUGUUUUCUUCUUCUGUGCGACUAACCGCCCAAGAUUGGUCCCAGCACCGCCCUCCCUCUGCCCUUCGUAGUUUGGUUCCGAGUCCGUUCAGCUGGCCAACAAAUGGUGGUUUGGCCAGGCGCUAACCCCAGGUGGGAGUUGUUGUCACUGAUUCUCUUCUGCCUUCCACGCAGCAGCCCGCGCAGAAAUGUGCUGGCUCGUCAGCACGCUUCUUGUAAGGUACCUUGGAGCGGGAGCCUUCGCUUCUUGUGCCGGGAUAAUUGUUUUGAUCCAAGAGAGGAUUUGCAGUUUUCCAAUGCUAAUAAAACUGAGUAAUCUGGGGCAGUGAUUCUGGCUUAUGGUGGGAGUUCAGGUGAUUUUCCUCUCUCUUUCCCCAGCCCCCUUCCUGUGAAAGUUCCCUAUAAUUAUUUAAACAAAUGACCAGUUCCCUAGAGAAUUGAGAGAGGAAAUGACAGAUUGGGGAGAACCCUCUAGGAAGCUACCCCUGGGAUUCCAGGUAUUUAUGAGGCACUUGUAGCAAGCUCCAGGAGACCCCAGUUUGUAGAGGGGAGGGUGGUGGUUCACCGAAUUGGCUGUGCUCUCCUGACAACUAGCAGGAAUCUUGUAUCACUGACAACCUGAGACUUUUGUGUGAACCAGGACUUUGCCAAAGAAGGAAGGAUCUGCAGUUUUCGCUCCCCUUGCAUUGUUCCCUUGACGCUAGGAGAAAGAUGCUCAGAAGAUCAGGUCCCUCCUGGCUGUGAGUGGACUUUUUUUCUUUUCUUUGUGGCUUGUCCCCUUUCCCAACACACUUUUUGCUACAGGGCAUGUCCCGGCCCAACAGUGUGAGCCCCCCGGGCUUCGGAGCCCCUGCACCUCGGGGAGGCACCGAGCAGCAUCGAUCCGCCUGGGGGGAAGCAGAGUCCAGGGCCAAUGGCUAUUCCUAUCCCCUUGCCCCAAACAGGUCAUCGAGCAAGAAGCCUUCUCGCAUGGCGAGCAGGUGGAGGAGUGAGGAAGACUACGAGCCUCAGCCUAACAGGAACCAGGGGGAGAGCGGUUGCAGGAUGAUGAGUUUUAGAUCCAAGUCGGCCUGGCAGGAGCACGGCGAAGAUAGUCGCCGUCACCAGCACAGAGGGAAUCCCACUUUUACCACCAGCCCUCGGCACUUUGGGGAACUGGGCGAGGUGCGGCCCCGGUCCGUGGAGCUGGGGCUGGAGGAGAAGCGGAUCAAGGCCAAGAUUGAGGAGCUGGAGGAGGAGGAAAGGGACUCCCAGGUGGCCUUCUCUAUGGGCAGCUGCUGCGGCAGCCUGUUGCAGAUCUUCAGGUCCAAGAAGUUCCAGUCGGAGAAGCUGGAGCGUCUCUACCAGCGCUACUUCUUCCGGCUCAACCAGAGCAGCCUCACCAUGCUGAUGGCCGUGCUGGUGCUGGUGUGCCUAGUCAUGCUGAUCUUCCACGUCGUGUACGGUCACUACAAGGUGCCCUACGUGGUGGUGCUCUCACUGGCCAUCCUGCUGGUGGUGGUGUUGUGCGUGCUGUGCAACCGCAACGACUUCCACCAGGACCACAUGUGGCUGGUGUGCUACUCGGUCAUCCUGGCCAUCGUGGCCGUGCAAGUGGUGGGGGUGCUGUUGGUCUGGCCCAGGAGCGCCUCCGAGGGUAUCUGGUGGACUGUCUUCUUCAUCUACAGCAUCUACACGCUGCUGCCAGUCAGGAUGAGGGCUGCGGUCAUCAGCGGGGUGGUCCUCUCAGCAAUCCACCUGGCCAUCUCCCUGAAGACCAACGCAGAGGACAAGUUCCUGUUAAAGCAGCUGGUCUCCAAUGUUCUCAUCUUCUCCUGCACAAACAUUGUAGGAGUGUGUACGCAUUACCCAGCAGAGGUGUCUCAAAGACAAGCAUUCCAAGAGACCAGGGAGUGCAUUCAGGCCAGGCUACAUUCUCAAAGGGAGAACCAGCAACAGGAGCGGCUCCUGCUCUCUGUACUUCCUCGUCACGUUGCCAUGGAGAUGAAAGCCGACAUUAAUGCCAAACAGGAGGAUAUGAUGUUUCAUAAGAUCUACAUCCAGAAGCACGACAAUGUCAGCAUCCUCUUUGCAGACAUAGAGGGGUUCACCAGCCUGGCCUCCCAAUGUACAGCUCAGGAGCUGGUCAUGACGCUGAAUGAGCUCUUUGCCCGAUUUGAUAAGCUUGCAGCUGAAAAUCACUGUUUACGUAUAAAAAUCUUGGGCGAUUGCUACUACUGCGUGUCUGGAUUACCAGAAGCAAGAGCUGACCAUGCACACUGCUGUGUUGAAAUGGGAAUGGACAUGAUAGAAGCUAUCUCAUUGGUCCGGGAGGUGACAGGAGUCAACGUGAACAUGAGGGUUGGGAUCCACAGUGGGAGAGUUCACUGUGGAGUCUUGGGCCUCAGGAAGUGGCAGUUUGAUGUGUGGUCAAAUGAUGUCACGCUAGCAAAUCACAUGGAAGCCGGAGGUAAAGCAGGGCGAAUCCACAUUACCAAAGCAACCUUGAAUUAUCUGAAUGGAGACUACGAGGUGGAGCUGGGUUUUGGAGGCGAACGCAAUGCUUACCUCAAGGAGCACAGUAUAGAGACCUUCCUGAUUGUAUGCUGCAGUCAAAAACGGAAAGAUGAGAAAGCGACAAUAGCCAAGACGAACAGACAGCGCACCAAUUCCAUCGGCCAUAACCCUCCACACUGGGGUGUGGAUCGCCCCUUUUACAACCAUCUGGGUGCUCACCAGGUCUCCAAGGAGAUGAAGAGAAUGGAACACGCAAGAAAGCAUGAACCCGGAGGAUGAGGUGGAUGAGUUUCUGGGCCGUGCAAUCGAUGCCAGAAGUAUUGAUCGGUUACGCUCUGAGCAUGUUCGCAAGUUUCUCUUAACAUUCAGGGAGCCUGACUUAGAGAAGAAGUACUCCAAGCAAGUGGACGACAGAUUUGGAGCCUAUGUGGCUUGUGCCUCCCUCGUCUUCCUCUUCAUCUGCUUUGUCCAAAUCACAAUCGUGCCCCACUCUACAUUUAUGUUGGGUUUUUACCUGACCAGUUUUUUGAUCCUGACCACAGUGGUGUUUGUUUCGGUCAUUUACUCCUGCGUAAAGCUUUUCCCAGCUCCACUCCAGACUCUCGCAAGGAAGAUUGUUCAGUCCAGGACCAAUAGCACCUUAGUUGGGGUCUUCGCCAUUAUACUGGUUUUUCUGUCAGCAUUUGUCAACAUGUUCAUGUGCAGCACUGUGGAUCUUGUCAGCUGUGUGGCUACAGAAUAUAACAUCACUCCCGACCAGGUGGACAUAUGCCAUAUCAGCAACUCAUCUUUCAAUUACAGCCUGGGCACCUGGCAGGGAUUCUGUGGCAGUUCCCUGCCCAAUUGCAACUUCCCAGAGUAUUUUACCUACAGUGUCUUACUGAGUCUCCUGGCCUGCUCUGUGUUCCUUCAGAUCAGCUGCAUCGGGAAACUGAUCCUAAUGUUGAUCAUCGAAUUCAUAUACGUUCUCAUUGUGGAGGUGCCAGGGGUGAACCUCUUUGACAAUGCAGAUCUUCUGGUUGCAGCCAACACUGUUGAGUUCUCUAAUGGAACAUCAACAUGCUCCCAGAAAGCAUCGAGAGUGGCACUGAAGAUUGUGACCCCUAUCGUCAUAACUGUUUUUGUCCUGGCAUUAUAUCUGCAUGCCCAGCAGGUGGAAUCCACAGCAAGGCUCGACUUCCUUUGGAAACUGCAGGCCACUGAAGAGAAAGAGGAAAUGGAGGAGCUACAGGCCUACAAUAGACGCCUCCUCCACAACAUCUUGCCAAAGGACGUGGCAGCCCAUUUCCUGGCACAAGAGCGGCGAAACGAUGAGCUGUAUUACCAGUCCUGUGAGUGCGUGGCUGUCAUGUUUGCCUCCAUCAGCAACUUCUCGGAGUUCUACGUGGAGUUAGAGGCAAACAACGAAGGGGUGGAAUGUUUGAGACUCCUCAACGAAAUUAUUGCAGACUUUGAUGAAAUAAUAAGUGAGGACCAAUUUCGGCAGCUGGAGAAGAUCAAAACCAUUGGCAGUACGUACAUGGCUGCUUCAGGCCUCAAUGACUCUACUUAUGACAAGGUGGGAAAAUCACACAUCAAAGCUCUGGCUGACUUUGCCAUGAAGUUAAUGGACCAAAUGAAGUACAUUAAUGAGCAUUCGUUCAACAACUUCCAGAUGAAAAUAGGGUUAAAUAUUGGUCCUGUGGUAGCUGGGGUAAUAGGCGCACGAAAACCUCAAUAUGACAUCUGGGGAAACACAGUCAAUGUAGCCAGUCGAAUGGACAGUACAGGUGUUCCUGACAGAAUUCAGGUGACCACAGACAUGUACCAGGUUUUAGCAGCCAACGGCUAUCAGCUGGAAUGUCGAGGGGUUGUUAAGGUAAAAGGUAAAGGAGAAAUGACCACCUACUUCCUAAACGAAGGACCGCCGAUCAGUUAACAGCAACCAUGUAACAACUUUAACAAUGGCAUUUGCAUGGAGAAGAAUUGCUGUUUAGCUGUGGACCCAAACGUACAGCGCAGUUGCAUUUUUUCAUGCAACGACUUUAGAGCAUGGUUCUGACAAGCAAAUGAACUUUAGCACAUGCCAUGCAGUGCAGAAGAAAGAAAACACUGUGGAUUACUUCCCAGUGGAGUGCUAAAUCGACCAAAGAUGCAUCUCUAUGGAAUUCCCAGUUAAACGAAAUGAAUUUGAGGUUUGAAAAUGAAGCUGCUGCACAGGACAUAAGAUAUUUAAAUAUUUAUUGAAGCUACACAAAAUUUUACUGGGUUGAAGGAAUGUAUGAUUCACUACAAAGCAUUAUUUUGGAAAGGAUUUGCACUCCUCUAAUAUUUCCGUUCUAUACAGUCAGUUCUUUCAAGUGUACCCCUAUUCUUUUAUUAGCUCUUUGAUAGGCUUUCAAAAUUAAAAGUGACACCCACUGUUCUACACAAAGGGCCUUUCAGAACAGCAUCGGUAAUGUUUUUACGUUGAAAAAGAUACCUUGCCCUAUAAAACUGUCCCCUUUCUCUUACAUGGCUAACGGGCUACUCUUCUGAAUAGGACUGGUACACCUCAGAUCAAGAUGAGGAAACAUGGCUCUGCAAACAUAUUUAUUAAAUGAAAGUCUUCUGUGCUCUUCUUUGGUAUAUAUCUCAGUUUACAUGUGAAAGACUAGAUGAAAACAAGAGACACUUUAGGGGGAACCCCCCCUCAACUUUCUUGUUUUUGUAUUUUUUAUUUUGUAAUAUUGAAAACAUGGAGAUCUAACAGAUAUACCAAAUUCUAUAUUUUGUAAAUUAUAUAUAUUAGAAAA